UCCAAAAUGAGUGAAUCGAACUUGAUUUUGAGUACAUCCAGCUGACCGUGUGGAGGAGGAAUGUUUGUUUUGAUUUUUUAUUUUCCCUGUGCCGUCAAAGUUUUUUUUGAGCCGUACAACGUGUUUGAGGACGAGUCCGUGCUGAACCACCGGAUGGAAAUUCUGUCCAAGCUGAACACGUUGGUCAAGCAGUGGGUGCGCAAUGUGUCCAUCUCGAAGAACAUGCCGGAAGUGCUGGCAGAGAAGCUCGGCGGAAAGAUCUACACUUUUGGGUCGAACCGGCUGGGCGUUAACCACAAGGGGGCGAAUAUUGACGCGCUCUGCGUGGCGCCGCGCAACAUCGAACGGCAGGACUACUUUGGGUCGUUCUUCGAGCUGCUGAAGAAACAGCCCGAGGUGACAGAGUGCCGCGCCGUCGAGGAGAUGCUUGUGCCGGACGUCAAGAUGAACUUUGACGGCAUCAAGAUAGAUUUGCUGUUUGCGCGGUUGGCGCUGAAGGAGAUUCCGGACAACUUUGACCUGCGCGAUGAUAUGCUGCUGAAGAAUCUGGACCCCAAGUUGGUGCGCAGUCUGAACGGAUGCCGCGCCACCGACGAGAUCCUGCGGCUGGUGCCCAGCAUUGACAACUUUCGGCUGGCGCUGCGUUCGAUCAAGCUGUGGGCGAAGAAGCAUGGAAUCUACUCCAAUUCUUUGGGUUACUUUGGAGGUGUGUCUUGGGCUAUGCUGGUGGCCAGGACGUGUCAGCUCCCAAAUGUCGUCGCGGCCACGCAAGUGCACAAGUUCUUUCUGGUGUUUUCGCGCUGGAAUUGGCCCCAGCCGGUGUUCCUGAAGCGGCCGGACACAGUGAAUCUGGGCUUUCAAGUGUGGGCGCGGGUGAACGUGCAGGGCUGGUUUCACCUGAUGCCGAUCAUCACGCCGGCAUAUCCGCAGCAAAACUCGACCUUCCACGUGUCUAGCUCGACGCGGAAGGUCAUGCUGAACGAGUUCAACCGCGGCAUGCAGAUCACGGACGAAAUCAUGCUCGGCAAGGCCGGCUGGGACAAGCUGUUUGAGGCGCCGAGCUUCUUCUUCAAGUAUCGCUACUUUAUCGUACUGCUGGUGACCUCGAACAACACCGACGACCUUCUCGAGUGGUGCGGACUGGUCGAGUCCAAGAUCCGCUACCUAAUCCAGAACCUGGAGCGAAUCCUGCACAUCACCCUGGCCCACGUCAACCCGAAGUGCUUUGAGCAGCAGGAGUAAAACCAAAAGGACGACGGUGGCGAGGGCGCAGACAACACUCUGCUCGCUCUGGUUCAAGGGGUCAGAGCGAUCUGAGAACCUUAACGUGGAAUUGACCGAAAGCAUCCAAAACUUUACCGAUGCCGUGCACAAACAUGCGGUGCGUUGAGCGAUUCUACAGCCAAAAAAACGCGUCUCUCACCGAGCUGUUUUCUUUCAGGUGCACAUCAAGGUCCUCGAGACGACACGCGACAGCAUGAAGACCGAGGCGCGGCACGACCGGCGGAAGCAGCUCAACCAGUACCUCGACCCGAACCUGCUCAAGCGGGAGCGCAAAAACCAGCGACUCCUUCGCCGUCGCAAAUGCGCAAACGACCUGCUCAGAAGAAACUAGAAACUAGAGCGAAAUUCGACGGGUUUUGAUUCGCGGUGUUUCGGCAAGCGCUUAGCGCAGGCAAAAACAGUCUGAAGUGAAACGUUUGUGCGGCUGGUCGUUGUUUACGUUUUGUGCGCAGCGCCGUGGAGAACUUGAUAAAAACGGAACACAUGGUGCUGGAGAACUUGAUCGGUGAUCAAAAGAGAUUUUGCCGGCAGCCGGCCGACAAUAUUUUUCCGCCGAGGAUGCGACGAAGCGAACAAACGAUUGGCAUCAAUCAAUCUGAAUAAUCAGAUAAGUACAUAUGAUAUUUGAAUAUUAUAUUCAACUUGAUACUUUGUGAUUUUUUUUUCUUCUUACUUUUUCAGGUUUGGAC